UACAAACCAAAUGUCAGAUACCAUAGGAGCAGACGACAGCGCGGCGGUAAAGUUACCUUCCGAGUGGUAGUGUAGUAACAACAGUCAGUAUAAUAUACAUCAUCUCUCAGUGCUGCAUUCACCAGAAAUAUCGCAUUUACUUCCUACAACAUGGAGGAUACAGUCAAUGUGUUGAUUGCCAUGGACGGAAGCGAACAUGCCAAAUUUGCAUUUAAUUAUUACAUGGAGCAGAUCCAUAGCCCAAAGUUUAACAUAGUGAUGGUUCAUGUGGUAGGCUCGCCCGAGUCCCUACACAAGACUGAAUGGUACAAAGCUCAUGAUUCUGAUACCAUUCAUAAGAUUCUGGAAGAAGAAAAAGCUAAACUCAAAGAAACAUUGGAGGGAUAUGGACAACUCUUAAAAGAUGCAGAAGUAGAUGGAACUGUACAAAGCAUCCACGCUGCACAACCCGGUCGAGGUAUCAUACAGGCAGCGGAAGAGUGUAACGCACAAAUGAUUGUUACCGGAUGUCGUGGUAUUGGAAAAGUCCGCAGGACAUUGAUGGGGAGUGUCAGUGACUAUGUCGUUCAUCAUGCAACGGUUCCAACAUUAGUGUGUCGCCAUCCGCGUGAACAUCAUGGUCACGAACACCAUAAAUAAAGGAUGUGUCAACAUUAUACAGCAGUCACGUGCUUACAUCGGGAAAUACAUGUACUCUAAAAUGGCACUUUUCAUGUUGGCUAAAGGGUUUCAAAACGUACAAUAAAAAUGACAUUUUAUACCACAGUGAAUGCUAUUGUCAAUAGUAUUAUUUGUACAGAUGAACUAUGGAGCCUUGUAUUAUCUGACAUGUCAAUUGGAACUGUUCAAGAGUAUUCCGUGUGGUCAGAAAUAUCAAUUAUACUACAAAAAAUGGCAAAUAUGAUGAACAAUUUAGUAAGGAACGCUUUGGACAUAUAUAUAACAAAUGUUGUUAGUUUAAUUAUGAAUUAUUUUUACAGAAUGAAGAAAUAUGUUUAUAGUUAGCUUGUAGGAAAAGUGAACAGAUUGAAAUGAAUAAGAGAAUAUUCAAAUUGCGUACGGUAAGAUAAUGAGCAAUCUACAAUCUGUACAUGACAUAGUCAUAUUGUCCAACCAUUUUGCGGGAUACAAAUUAGACAUUGUUAGAAUAUGAAUGACUAAUAUCUUCAAACGACUCUUACUCUUCCGGAACACCUAGUCUCUUUAUCCUUGCACUUUUUCUGGGGUCUCCGUGAAAAUACAUUUUUGUUCGUAUUUCACCUUAGUUUUAUUGAAUUUGAGCUUGGAAUAUGAUUAUGUUGACAUGUUGUUUUUUCAUUCAUUAUAAUGUUUGCAGAACGUUGCCAAUUAUAGACAUGCAGUACAAAAAUAUAUUACACUUAAAGUCUAGAUCUGAUUUGCCAGACUAUCCAUGUUUAUUAUGUGGACAUAAAGUAUUCAGUAUAGUGAGUCUGAAAGUAUUCUACGUCAAGCAAAUGAAGUUUCAUAUGCCUAACUCUUUCUGCAGAUAACAUACAUAAUGGAGAGAAGAUGACUUCAGCAGUUACAUAAAAGGAUCAUGAACUUAAUCUUACAUUCGUUUCCAUUUUAUAAGAAAUAGAAACUCUUUGAAAUUUUGUUUUUAGACUCGC